AUGCCAUGUGGGGUUCGAAUGACAGUGGAAUUUAAGAUGAGUGAAAUGAUCAAUCUUGAGUCAGAUGACUGUGCGUCCAUAUACAUCUUUAAUGUAGACCAACCAUCGUCUUCUGUAAAUCAGCCAAUUUGUAUUCCUCGCCAUGGAUUGCAGUCUCACUCCUCUCCUCUGUCACCACCUACGAGACUUCAGAGUCAUAAGAACUAUGAAGGAACUUGUGACGUACCAGAAUCCAAAUAUAGCCCACUAGGUGGACCCAAACCCUUUGAGUGCCCUAGUAUUCAAAUUACAUCUAUUUCACCUAACUGUCAUCAAGGGAUUGAAGCUGAUGAAGAUGAAUUGCACACAAAUGGUACAGAAAAUGAGUAUAUGGAAAGGCCUUCACGGGACCAUCUCUAUCUUCCUCUUGAGCCAUCAUAUAGGGAAUCAUCCCUUAGUCCAAGCCCUGCCAGCAGCAUUUCAUCCAGAAGUUGGUUUUCAGAUGCUUCCUCUUGUGAAUCCAUUUCCCAUGUUUAUGAUGAUGUGGACUCAGAGCUAAAUGAAGCAGCCGCUCGAUUUACCCUUGGCUCUCCUUUGGCAUCUCCUGGUGGUUCUCCGAGAGGUCCCAGUGAUGAAUCUUGGCAGCAACCUUAUGGAUUUGGGCAUGCCUUGUCACCUAGGCAGUCUCCCUGUCAUUCUCCUAGAACUAGUAUUACAGAUGAAAAUUGGCUAAGCCCUAGACCAACAUCAAGGCCCUCAUCAAGACCUACAUCCCCCUGUGGGAAACGACGACACUCCAGUGCUGAGAUUUGCUAUGCUGGUUCUCUCUCUCCUCACCAUUCUCCAACUCCAUCACCUGGCCAUUCUCCCAGAGGAAGCAUAACAGAAGACACGUGGCUAAACACUUCUAUCCAUAACGUACAAGGCCUUAAUUCUGGCCUUUCACCGUUUCAGUGUUGUACAGAGACUGAUAUUCCUCUAAAAACAAGAAAGACUUCAGAGGAUCAGACUGCCACUUUAUCUGGAAAAAUAGAUAUCUGUCCUGAAGAGCAGGGUAACUUAUCAACAUCCCUUGAAACUGCAGUAGAUGACUGCUCUGGAUCUCAACACACCUUGAAAAAAGAUUUGCCCGGAGACCAAUUUCUUUCUGUUCCUUCGCACUUUACUUGGAACAAACCAAAGCCUGGUCAUACUCCUAUAUUUCGCACAUCUUCAUUGCCACCUCUUGACUGGCCUUUACCGAGUCACUAUGGGCAGUGUGAACUGAAGAUAGAAGUCCAGCCUAAAACUCAUCACAGAGCUCACUAUGAAACAGAAGGAAGCAGAGGAGCAGUAAAAGCAUCUACUGGAGGACACCCUGUAGUGAAGCUCCUGGGCUACAGCGAAAAGCCAGUAAACCUCCAAAUGUUCAUCGGAACAGCAGAUGAUCGCUACUUAAGACCUCAUGCGUUCUACCAGGUGCACCGAAUCACUGGAAAAACAGUUGCAACAGCUAGUCAAGAGAUAAUAAUUGCCAGCACAAAAGUUUUGGAAAUACCACUUCUUCCGGAAAAUAAUAUGUCAGCCAGUAUCGAUUGUGCUGGUAUUUUGAAACUUCGCAAUUCAGAUAUAGAGCUCCGUAAAGGAGAGACAGAUAUUGGAAGAAAGAAUACCAGAGUGCGACUUGUGUUUCGUGUUCACAUCCCACAACCUAGUGGAAAAGUCUUAUCUCUGCAGACUGCUUCCAUACCUGUUGAAUGCUCUCAACGAUCUGCUCAAGAGCUUCCUCAGAUUGAGAAGUACAGUAUCAAUAGUUGCUCGGUAAAUGGAGGCCAUGAAAUGGUGGUGACAGGAUCCAAUUUUCUUCCAGAAUCCAAAAUUAUAUUUUUUGAAAAAGGACAAGAUGGACGACCUCAGUGGGAGGUAGAAGGAAAAAUAAUUAGGGAAAAGUGUCAAGGGGCAAACAUCAUACUUGAAGUUCCUCCAUACCAUAACAAAGCUAUUACAGCUGCAGUUCAGGUGCAGUUUUAUCUCUGCAAUGGCAAGAGGAAAAAAAGCCAGUCUCAACGUUUUACUUACACACCAGUUAUAAUGAAGCAAGAGCACAGAGAUGAGGUGGAUUUGUCUGCUGUUCCAUCUUUGGCCCUGCCUCACACAAGCAAUGUCCAGGGCCUGCAUUCUAUCCGAACUCAAUUGCCUUCACCAGAGCAAGGGCAUCCACAUGACAAUUUACUGUCUACAUCACCCAGGAGCCUUGUGUGUCCAGUUCAACCACCAUACACAGCGAUGGUGACCUCAGCAGUAUCCCACCUGCCACAUAUGCAAGGUAGAAACCUUAGUCCAAGUGAAGAGUGUCAUGUUUUGCCUCCUGCUGUGGUUCAGUCUUUUCAGGUAACAUCAGCACCUCCUGUGAGGCCUUCUUACCAGCCUAUGCAGUCUAACGAUGUAUACAAUGGACAGCCUGGUCUUCCGAUGAACUCUGCCUCCAGCCAAGGAUUUGAUACUAUUUCAUUUCAGCAAGACACAGCUGUACCUCAUUUGAUAAAUCUUAGCUGCCAAGCUCUACCACCAAUGCAGUUUCAUUCUUCGAGUCCAGGUUCUGUGUCAACAUCAAGUACAGCAGGGCACCCGCUAGCACACCCAGCUCAUUCCGGACAGUCAUCUUCUCACCUACCAUCGAUGGGGUACCACUGCCCAAGUGCUGGGCAGGGCUCCAUCCCUUCUGCGAUGAGUCGAUCCCUUGGGCAGUCUUCUCCCCAGCUGCAGCAAGUCCCAUACCAUUCUACAAAUCCAGCAUCCGCUUCAUCACCAUCCCCAACAGCUUCCCACCCUUUGGUCCAUUCACCGCUGUCUGGACCUUCUUCACCCCAGCUCCAACCUAUGCCUUAUCAAUCUCCUAGCUCAGGACCUGCCUCGUCUCCCCCGCCAACCACUGUAAGUCACUCGGGACAGCACUCCCCUCAAGCCCAUAGUCCAGCAUUGGGAGGUCUUAAUGCAGCGUCAUCCCUAGUACACCAUACCGUAUGCGAUUCAUCUCCAUUUUCACCAGAUGGGGCAGCUAUUAACAUUAAACCAGAACCUGAAGAUCGAGAACUGAAUUUUCAAACAAUAGGACUACAAGACAUCACACUAGAUGAUGUGAAUGAGAUCAUAGGAAGAGAUAUGUCACAGAUCUCAGUGUCACAUGGAACAACAGUGGCCAGCCAGUCUGCACGUACAUGUCCUGGAUCUCUGGAGACAAGAAUAUCUGAUGGAAUCCAGUAACGGAUAAGCUUAAAACUAAACAUCCACGAAAACUUAACAGUUUCUCUGAAUAUUUCUUCGUCCUCUUCCUCUUUAGACUUACUGUGCUUCCAACUCUGUGGCCUUUAUGAACUGGAACAGUGGAUCCUUGCAAAGCCCUUUUAGUGGGUUACAUUUUUGAUGUAGAGACAGAGCAUUUUAAUUAUAGUUCCUCAGAUGCUGUAAAGAGACUUCUUAAAAUGGACACACAGAAUCUACACCAGAUAUUUUAACUGUUUUAAAGUUACAAACAAGCUUUGCUUUUUGCAUUUAAAUAGAAUACUUUUAUAUUUUAAGUGCUUCAGAUGUGUGGAGAUGUUAGUUUGCUCUUAUAAUAUUCACAGUACUGAAUGUGGAAAAAGAUUUAAUACACAUCUUCAGUGUGCUGCUUUCCCUUAGAGAUAGUAUAGUUUGUAACUGAUGAUUUGUAACACCUUUUGGUCAUUUUGGAAAGCCUUUAAAGCUUCUAUUGUUUAACUUUUUUUUUAAUACGAUCUUCCAGUGGCAAAUCAUACCUGUCAUCUGAAGCCAAUGCCAUGGAAGCCGUUGUGUAUACAAAUACCGUAGUGUUUUCUUUCUUAGAUUCAUAGGAAGCAAAGCCAAAUGUAGAUCUGCACUUGUUUAUAAACUGAAAAUGUUACUUGAUAGGCUGCAAAAAGACCAUUCCAUCAUGAAAGUGUUGGGAUAGAAAUGACAUUCCAAAUUUUAACUUUUAUAACUUUGUGGAUAAUCUUCCUGUUCUUUAUUAGCACAGGCUCCUUCUUUAAAUAGCUUUUUCUUAGAAAGUUACGUUUGUAAUCAAAUUUGAGCAGUAGGAUUUUAGAUUAAAGAACAGCAACAUCGAAGCCAUGUUAGAUACAGGAGAAGUUUUGAUAUUUGCUGAGGAUCUAAGUGUUCCUGUUAUCCCUACAGAAUAUGGUUUUGAAAUCACCAGUUCAGUGGCAUUCAAGUUUUCCAUGCAAUAAACCAUUUGAUCACAUCUGUAUCUUUUAUAUGCUGUAUGCCUGACCAUGCCACUUGGAAGUCCGAAGGAGAUGACAAUUACAGUUCCUUAAAUUUAAGCUGUUUAUAAACGUCAGUUUGCUAAAAAGUAAUUUACUGUGAAUUAGUGAUUAGGUAGUACAAUUUGCCCAUGUUUAAUUGUAAACGUGUGAAGCAGAAGCUACCAAAGAAAUACACAAGAUUCAUAGCAGCAGUAAACUUUGUGCUGUGCUCAGAGGAUGCAUUUCCCUUACCCGCAUGAUAUGACACAUUUGAAACAAUCUGUUUACAUAGAUAUGAAAAAUCUCAGGCCUCUAUGAUUAGAAACCUAGGAGAGGAUCUGAAACCGCCUGCUUAGGCCAGAAACAUUUCCCUUCCCCAGAAGACACUGUCGUUUACAAAGCUUUCUGGUAUGGAACGUCCAGGGUACAACAGUCACGGCAAAGUAAGACCAGAAAUAUACUGAACCUCAAAAACAUUUAAGAAUGGUUUUAGUUCCUUGUUUGGGUGAGCCGUGAUGCUCCAACGAAAAUUAAGAGCGAAUAAAUACACUCAAAAAUUCUGAAAUAUAGAAAGUGUAUUUGCAUUGAAACUAGUCCAGACAAUCGUGGACGUUUUCAGUGGUUUAACACACGUGGAGCACAUGCCUCUUUCUGUAGAAAAUUACUAUAGAUUCUUAAAAUUACAGUGAAAUGGUCUUAAAGUGGAUACCAUUACUGAAUUAUAAUCCCUGUAAAAGUAAACACAGAUUCUACUGAUGUUGCAUUUUGGCAGACAGUCAUGGGGAAAACUUUCCAUUGAGCCUUUUGAAGGCAAAACAUUACACCUAAAUUUAAGUCAGCGCCCAAGCAAUACCAUUGAAGUAGCUAUAAUCGCAUCUUUGUAAUAGCUGAAUCAUGAACUUUUAAAAAGACCAUACAUUAAGCGGGUGAAAUUAUAACUCUUUAUUAUGUACUUCCUUUUAAGAGUGCAGCUUAAGGUUACUAUCUUGAUGUUUCGUAGUUAUUUCAAACAACUUAAUGCAAGGCCACUGUGUGCGUGCUGGGAAUCUUAGCAUCCUUUUUGUGAAUGUAUUGUUCAAUGGUGCAAAUCUUUAAAUCUGCAGAAGAAAAUUGGCAGGGCUGUAAUCUGAAAAGUGUGAUAUUGUAAUUGUCCCUCAGCGAUGGUGCUUUACUCUGUCCUCUACUCAUUUACGUUAAAGAUCCUAGAAAAGGAUUCACAUGCUCAGAAAUACAUCUACUUACGUUUUUAACACCUUAAAAAAAAAAAAACAAAAAAAACCCCACACAACACUGUAAACUAUGUAAUUGUCUUCAGACUGUGUGCUGGUGGCAAGGCAUGUUCCAGUUUUCAUUCAUGUAUUGUGUCUUUUGCAUUAACCAUUGUUUGUAGGAGAAUUCUAACUUAAAAGCUUUUCAUGCUGUAUGGGAUUUAUGCUCCUUUAUCCUCUGGUACAGCCUCUCCUUGCAAGUUCUCCAAGUAGCUGGAAUUCACACUGUACCUAAAAUAUAGGAGUCCAAACAAUCCGGAGUUGCUAUGCACUAACUUUUCUGAUGCCUUUAAAUACCUUGAUGCCUGUAGACAUAGAGACGCUUUCCUAUUUAAAAAUGAAAUUAAAAAAAACAAUAUAGCUUUGGAUACUAAAGCAGUUUUGUAUUUGCCUUGUAAAAGCUUCAAUACAAGGGUCUUAAUUUUAUUUUAGCUUGUGUGAUAACGUAGGUAAAGACUGUUAAUCUUGUAUAAUUUUAGUGAUAUAAAAAGCACACAAUCUCUAUUGGACUAUGCAAAUUUAAUUAAACAGCAGAACCCGGCAACUGUUGAUCUUCUGUUGGCAUCCACUUCCUUGCCCUUAAGUCCUUUCUUCUCCCCGAGUACUCUUCCAAAACUUUUUAAUAAUUUAGAUAAUCCUGAAGGAAAGCCUUAAUGAUGAGGUAGCUUUUCUAUAAGGAGGGUCAAAGAUCAAUGUUAAAAACAAAAAAUUAAGGGGUAGUAUAUUAAUCGGGGGGGGAGGAGGGGGCGAUUUCUGAAAUUACCAUAAACUAGCAAUCUGAAUUUCUGUAGUAAAACUUUCGUGUUAUCAGGGGAACUGCCAUCCUUUUUAAACCAAAGAAUGAAAACAACAUGACAGUUUUGUUCUGAUACAAACAAAGCUUCAAAACUCUAUUUUUGAUACUCAUAAUGGAUGUCAUUCCUUGAGGUUCGGAAAUCGUUCAAAUUGAAGUUUUAUAUUUAAAAAUGUGGGACAAUAAAGAUUAAGUUCUAGAUGUUUACAGAGCCUUGUAUUGUAAUUUCAUGUACAUUUUGUAUUUUAAACAUUUUUGUAAGUUAUGAUUGCAGUGCUACUUGCAGAAAUAAAGGGAAAAACUUGCAUUUAGGCUCUUAAAUCAUAGUGUUCAAAUAAAUAAAAAGAAUGCAAA